AUGCUUGCGCGAGCAUCACGAUGGCCCGCUGCCAGUGCGAAGGCAACUCUUGUAGCGCCCGCUUGUCAAGUGGCCUCCUCGUCGUACGCUCAACCGUGCCGUGCCACCAAGGGAAGUCUGACUGGUCCUCCCUCACGCCUCCUCACCUCUUCGUCCGCAAGAGCAUUACCUCGUCAGCUUCCGCGCUGGGCAGCACAGGAGCGUGAGCAGGAUGAUGAUCCAGCGACUACUAGCCCUUCCUCGACCAGCAACAGCAAUGUCAGCCACGAGCUCAGCGGCACCGACCCCUCCAUACCGUGGUUUUUGCAGACAGAAACGAUAGACAUGCCAACAACAGAUGUCACGCCAGAAGCCCCCUCAUCUACACAAUCCUUAACUGGAACACCAACUCAUAGCUUCUCGUACAUCCCGCUCGCCCCUAAAGUGGAUGAGCCGCAAGCCAUCGCCAAGCUCAAGUCGCACCUUCUCUCCGGCCCCUCCACCAACUUGAUAGCCAGACCCAGCGAAGAGGAGGACCAGCUCACACCCAUCACCCUCAUUCACCCAGCAUCACUCUCCAAAGACCCAAGCUCUGAUGCAUACGGAACCAACGACUGGAUCGUGGUGGUCCAGGUCAAGAGCAGCGCUGCAGGCAGUGUCCGCCGCGUCGCGCUUGACAUCGGUCGAUUCCUCAAGCACACGCGACCGCCAGCAAUGGAAGCCGAGCUCGAUCUAGACGACUUUCUCGGACCAGGUCCCUCCGCUCCGCGUUACAACAAGGCGUCAGCACCCAAGCCGACCACGCCAGCAGCAGCGCCUCGACCCAAAGGCAUGUCGCGCAUCGAACACGAGCUGGGCAAGAGCCUCCCCGACUGGGCUGUCAACCGCAUCGCACUUCAGAGAAAGUUUCCGGAUGGCUGGAGACCGCCCAAGAUCCUCUCGCGAGAAGCACAGGAAGGUAUUCGACUGCUGCAUUCGUCCGACCCGGAGCAGUUUGACGUCACCGAGCUCAGCAGCCGCUUCCGCGUCUCGACUGAGAGCGUCCGGCGCAUCCUUCGCUCUGGCAAGUGGGCCAUCUCCGGCGAGGUGAGGAGCAGACAGGAUCGUCGAGCUGCCGAACGAGCUGCUGAGCGCGAGAAUGUCGAGCUUGCCGAGAUCCGACGCUUGCAAGAGGAACAGAGCGAGCUGGUGGAUGAGGGUGAGUCGCCGGCGAUCGAGGAAGAUGAGUUGCUCGACGAGAUGAUCGAGGAGGAAGACUCUAUUCCUGGCAUCCAGCCGGUGAGAUACGAAGGGCUGGUCAUGUCUGCCUCGGAUGCUUCGGCACUGGGUGUCACGAGCAAGAGCAAAUCAGGCGGCAAGAAGGGUGAUGGCAACUGGUGCCUCGUCGAUGCAGACUGGUGCAUGGUACACGUCAUGACCGAACAGGCUCGGUUCAAUUACGACAUCGAGGGCAUUUGGCGCGAGCUCGAGGUCGGGAAGACGACCAAGCCUAAGCCAUGGGAGGAUCAGUCGGCGUUUGCUGGGGCAUCCGCCUCGGAGUCGAGACCCUCUCGACCACGAACCAGGAAGGAUCUCUUUGGAGAGAGUGUCAGCAAGCGAAAGCGCAACACGGGAGCUGGCUUUGGUAGUGUCGAUGUCAAGUUCGGUAGCUCGAGUAGGAGCUUUUCCACCAGCAUCCGACGCCCCAAUGUGUCGCCCAAUAGCGUGGUACCCGAAAGCCUCAACCAGCUGCUCUCGCGCGCCCAACACACCUUCGAAACCAGCUCGUCCCCCAUCCCCGUCAACGUUACCGGCUGGCUCCGUUCAACGCGCAAGCAAAAGUCGAUCACAUUCCUCGAGCUCUCGGACGGCUCUCUUCCCGGCUCUCGCUCGCUCCAAGCCAUCGUCCGCAGCUCGGCGUCCUCCCCAUCCUCCGACAUAGACCGUCUCGCAGGCCUCACGGUCGGCACGGCCCUUCGGCUCACCGGCCACCUCAAGCCGGGACGCGGCACAAAGGCCGGCCAGUCAAUCGAGCUCGACACAUCCUCCGUCAAAAUCCUCUCGCAUUGCGACGUGACCUAUCCACUCGCAGCGGUGCAGAUGCAGCACAACAGCACGGCGGUCGAGUCGUCCGGCUAUACCGCCUCUCUCGCUGAGCGACGCAACCCACAUCUGCUGGGUCGGCUACCGCGCUACGCAGCGAUCGCACGAACACGUCAGAGGCUGGAGGAGGGGAUGAGCAAUUGGUUGGGUUCGCACGACUUUGUCAAAGUCGCAUGCCCCGUGCUGACGAGCAGCGACUGCGAGGGUGCAGGGGAGGUAUUUCAGGUCGGAUCGGAUGCCGAUGUGCGUAGCGGGCGGGCGUUGGGAACGUUCUGGUCCGGAUCACCGGCGUAUUUGACCGUGAGCUCGCAGCUGCAUCUCGAAGCGGCCGGGUUGGGAUUGGGCAGGGUGUGGACGUGCAAUCCUGCAUUCCGGGCCGAAGGGAGCGCGACGAAUAGGCAUCUGGCCGAGUUCUGGAUGUUGGAGGCCGAGAUGUAUUUCACUGACUUGGCCGGGAUGCUGGAUGUGACAGAGGGGAUGAUCAAGGCUGGCAUUCGGGGGGCGCUGCAGGGUGAGGAGGAUAUGGAGGCGUUGGGUGACUCGGCGCAUCUCGAUAUGCUGCAAGGCGUCCUCGACGGAGAGUGGAAACGGAUCACGUAUCACCAGGCGCACGACCUCCUGGCCAAGGCACCAGCGGAAACAUUCGAAGUGGCCCCCGACAUCAACGCUGGCUUGGCGAGCGAACACGAACGCUACCUCGCAGCACAACUCGGUCCUGUCUUUGUGACCCACUACCCGCUCUCGCAGAAGGCGUUCUACAUGAAACGCUGCCCCUCGUCUGCCGAUGGAGAGACGCUGGUGGAAUGCUUCGACCUGCUCAUCCCGAGUCUCGGCGAGCUGGUCGGCGGGUCGGUUCGCGAACACCGUCGUGACGAGCUCAUGCAGAACGUCGCCGAUCUCGGCGGUGCAGAUUCAACAAAGGAGGCGCUGGGCUGGUACAUGAACGACCUGAAGAAGUUUGGCGGCGCAGUGGAGCAUGCUGGCUUCGGCAUGGGCAUCGAGAGAUUGUUGGCGUGGGUGAGCAACACCGUCAGCGUCAAGGAUGUUGUGCCCUUCCCGAGGGUCAAGGGGCCGAUUCGAUUUUAG